AUGGGUUUUUGGUUCUUAUCACCACAUUUGUGUCUUCUUUACUUCCUAUUUCUUGCACCAUCUAUAUCCUCCCCUCCUCCACUUCGAUCAUCAUUGUGCCAUCCUAAUGAGAGCUCUGCUUUGCUGCAAUUCAAAAACUCAUUUUCUAUUGGUGAUAUACCCCCUGGUUACCCUAGUCAUAUUGAUGGACCAAGUGAGAUGCUGCUAUCAUGGAACAAUGGUACUAAUUGUUGCACAUGGAGCGGAGUCACUUGUGACAAGGUGACAGGCAAUGUGAUCGGUCUCGAUGUUCAAUCUAGUGGGAUUGAACGCAUUAUUCACUCCAACAGCAGCCUUUUCUACCUGACUCAUAUCCAAAGUCUUAUCCACUCUGGUAACAGUUUCGAUAGCCCUAUUCCAUCUCAAUUUGUCAGGUUCAAAAAUUUGGAGCAUCUUGACCUGAGUGACUCCAAUUUUUAUGGCCCUUUCCCUCAAGAAAUCUCUUAUCUAUCUCAGUUGGUUUCUCUAGAUCUCUCUUUCAGUGCAUUAGAUUUAAAUACAUCCAGUUUGCUAAGUGUCUUUACAAGCCUAUCCAAUCUUAAGGAACUUAAUCUGUUUAAUGUUAAUAUGUUUUCUGCACAACCUAAUGUCCUUAUGAAUCUGUCAUCCUCUUUGACACAUCUUAAUCUCUCUUAUUGUGACCUGCAAGGGAAAUUCCUUGAAAACUUUUUCCACUACUACUCGAACCUUGAAUUGCUGGAUUUAAGUGUAAAUGGACAACUAAAUUGUUCUGUUCCAGAUGAUCUGCCUAACAUGAGUAGUCCACUUAGAGUGUUGGUACAUUCUGAGUCUGGAUUUUCAGUGGAUAUGCAAUCUCUGACAAGAAAUUUCAAUUCUUUCGGAACAUUAUCCCUUAGUGGAUGCAAAGUCAUAGGAUCAGCAUAUCUUGCAUUAGUAAUUUCUAACCUUACAAAAGUCACUUCCUUGGACCUCUCUGGAUUGGGUUUUGGGGGCCCAAUCCCAUGGUUGAACAAAAACCAAUUCACCAGUUCCAUUCAAGAAUUCAAAUAUGUUUCUUUGUAUUAUCUUAACCUGGCUGGUAACAAACUCCAGGGCCCCAUUCCACAAUCACUCUUUCAGCAAGAGAAUCUUUACCAUCUUGAUCUUUCAAGAAAUAACUUGAACAGUGCUAUCGGGCUAGACCAGUUUUCAAAGUUGAAGAAUCUCACUAAUCUUAGUCUUUCAGAUUAUAAUCUGUCAUUGAGUUCUGACAACAAUUUUACCUUUCCCAACAUUGUUGAACUGGAAUUGUCUUCAUACAACUUAAGUGAGUCCCCAUACUUUUUGAGAACCUUAGGAAUUCUAGACUGCUUAGACCUUUCAUACAACAGAAUUCAAGGCAGUAUUCCAAAAUGGCUAGGGAACAUUGGGAAGGGUUAUCAUUUAUCUUAUUUGAAUCUCUCUCACAAUCUUUUGACAAAUGUUAACCAACUUCCAUGGAAAGACAUUCCUCCUUGUCUUGGAAACCUUAGCCGUCUUUCGGUGUUAGAUCUAAGUAUGAAUAUGUUUCAUGGAACUAUCCCAACAACAUUUGCAUCUCUCGAUUACAUCAAGAACAUUAAGCCAAACAGAAACCAUUUCCAAGGACCAUUGCCGCCAUCCUUGAGCAAUUGUAAAAGCUUGGAAGUCCUAGAUUUGGGAAACAACAUUAUAAAUGAUACGUUCCCGGGGUGGUUGGAGUCUCUUCCAGUGUUACAAGUACUUGUCUUGAGAUCCAACAAAUUCCAUGGUUGCAUAAGUAGCACUCCCAAAGUACAAUCUCCAUUCCAAAAGUUGCGAAUCUUAGACUUGUCCAACAAUCAAUUCAGCAGCCUUUUGCCAACACAAUAUUUCAAGAAUUUCUUGGCUAUGAUGAAUGGACGUGUGGAUAAAUUGAAAUACAUGGGUGAAGAUCAUUAUCAAGAUUCUGUGAUAGUGACAAUGAAAGGCAGCAUGGUACGCUUGGAAAAGAUCCAAACAUCUUCACAACCAUUGAUUUUUCGGAAAAUAAUUUUGAUGGGGGAUUCCAAAAUCCAUUGGAAAUCUGAAAGAUCUUAA